AUCCGCUAAACAGCAUAACCUGUCAGAGCUGGUAACACGCAUUUAGUUAAGGUGUGCCUGUCUUUCAGAGCAGCCCUUGUCUCUAGUGUUGUUUACAGGUGAAAUAGGCACAGUGUUGGUCGUGCUGCUUGCUUAAUUGACUGGAGGCAGCUAAAGAGCAAAUGAAACAGAAACAUGGCAAUAUUUAGCUUGUGGAUGCCAGUCUUUUUGGUGUGCUUAGAUAUCGGUCAGUCUUGCCAGAGUCCAGAUGACUUUGUGGCUGCCAGUUCUCCCGGAGAUAUUGUCAUUGGAGGCUUGUUUGCAGUUCAUGGCAAAAUGCUACAUUCAGAAGAAAAGCCCCUCCAGCCUGUGAUCGCUCAUUGUGCUGGCUUUGAAGUUCAAGUGUUUCUUCAGAGUCUCGCAAUGAUCCAUGCCAUAGAGCUAAUCAACAACUCAACGCUUUUGCCUGGAAUCAAGCUGGGCUAUGAGAUCUAUGACACUUGUGCCGAGGUCACUCGGGCCAUGGCGGCAGCUUUGCGAUUCCUUUCCAAAUUCAAUGCUUCCAAAGAUUUAGUGGAAUUCCAGUGCAAUUACUCAGACUAUACACCUAGAGUAAAAGCGGUCAUAGGUGCCACCUACUCAGAGGUAUCCAUGUCAGUUGCAAGGAUACUGAAUUUACAGCUAAUACCACAGGUGAGUCAUGCAGCGACUGCAGAAAUCCUUAGUGAUAAAGUCCGCUUCCCAUCUUUUCUGCGCACUGUGCCCAGUGAUUCCUAUCAGACCAAAGCCAUGGCUCGAUUAAUCCACAGGUCUGGGUGGAACUGGAUUGGAAUCAUAGCCACGGAUGAUGACUUUGGGCGCCUCGCUGUUGAGAGCUUUGGGUUGCAGGCCAUGGCGAACAAUGUCUGCAUUGCAUUUAAAGAGAUGUUGCCAGCUUAUCUCUCGGACAGCACCAUCCAUGGCAAAAUUAAUCAAGCCCUAGAGAAGAUUGUCAAGGAAACCAGGGUAAAUGUCAUUGUUGUCUUUCUGAGGCAAUUCCACGUAAUGAGACUUUUCAGAAAAGCAAUUGAGAUGAACAUAAAUAAGACCUGGAUUGCAAGUGAUAACUGGUCAGCAGCUGUCAAGAUUAGCACUCUUCCAAAUAUCAGUCGUCUGGGAAAAGUGGUCGGAUUUACAUUCAAAAGUGGCAACAUGUCAUCUUUCCACCAGUUCUUGAGCAAUCUACAUAAAACUCCGACUGGAAACUAUACAAUCUCGAGGGAAUAUGCCAUGCUUAUGUCAACAUGUUCACAUAUAAAUAACCAAGAUCUGAGUAAAUGCAUUUCUAAUUAUUCUGGUGAGAAACUGCUAAAGAAUCGCACUCAACCUAACAGCCAGCUAUGGGAUGAGGAAUUUCUCAUUGCCAACAUUGAACCAGGAUUUAUCCAUAGCACCAUGCUCGCAGUAUAUGCCAUUGCAAAUGCUAUUCGGAAUCAGUGCAAGAACAGGAACUGCAAAGACCCAUAUGCCUUCGCCCCUUGGGAGUUGCUGGAAGAACUUAAGGAGGUAAAGUUCACUGAUGAUGAUAGAGAGGUCUAUUUUGACUCUCAUGGAGACAUUAACACAGGCUACGAUGUACUGCUUUGGAAAGAAAUCGAUGGACGGAUUGUGAUUACCAACAUGGCAGAGUAUGACCUAGAGAAGGAUGACUUCAUCUUUGAAAACAAAGAGGAUGAAAUUGAAUUUUUGAAUUUGAAGAAUGUUCAGUCAAAAUGCUCCAGAAAAUGCAGACCUGGACAGGUGAAAAAAGUUUCUGCAAGUCCACAUACCUGCUGCUAUGAGUGUGUCAGCUGCCCUGAAAACUACUAUACUAACCAGUCAGAUAUGGAUUACUGCAUUUUAUGCAACAAUAGAACUCACUGGGCUCCUGUGAACAGCUCAACAUGCUACAGGAAGAUGGUUCAGUACCUCAACUGGAAUGACUGGUUUGCUAUUUUGUUAAUGGUUCUCUCUGUCCUUGGAAUUGUGUUGAUUUGUGCCAUUAUCAUAAUAUUUACUAGAAACGUGGACACUCCAGUUGUGAAGGCUUCGGGUGGCUUAACAGUCUGCUAUGUUAUCCUCCUCUGUCACUUCCUCACUUUUGUUAGCACUGGAUUUUUUGUUGGCAAGCCCAGAGCCUACAAAUGUAAAACCCGUCAGGCUCUCUUUGGCAUCAGCUUUGCCCUCUGCAUUUCAUGCAUUUUGAUUAAGUCUCUGAAAAUUUUGUUGGCCUUCAGUUUUGACCCCAAGUUGCAAAAGCUGCUCAAAAGCCUCUACAAACCUAUACCCAUUGUAUCCUUUUGCACUGGGAUUCAGGUCUUGAUCUGUGUUGUUUGGAUCACAGUUCGAAGCCCUUUUGUGGAGGAGAAUUUCUCCAUCCGGAAGAUUAUCAUCGUGGAGUGUAAUGAGGGUUCAGUUGUAGCUUUGGGAAUCAUGUUAGGGUACAUCGCUCUAUUGGCCUUCAUUUGCUUCAUCUGUGCCUUUAAAGGUAGGAAGCUUCCUGAGAACUACAAUGAAGCAAAAUUCAUUACAUUUGGCAUGCUCAUCUACUUCAUUGCCUGGAUUAUAUUUAUCCCAGUCUACACCACCACCUUUGGCAAGUACUUGCCAGCUGUUGAAAUCAUUGUCAUUUUAAUAUCCAACUAUGGGAUCCUGUGUUGUAUGUUCCUUCCCAAGUGCUACAUCAUACUCUAUAAGCAAGAGGCAAAUACGAAAUCAGCCUUUCUGAAAAUGCUUUAUAGCUAUUCAUCCAAAAGUGCAGGGAGCCUCAGCGUCAACCAAAGCUCUUUGGAUUCAAAGAGUGAGACACCUCCAAUGCCCAAAACUGAGACCUGUUGUAAAGCUAAGACUGAGAAAAACUGGGUGAAUGGCAGCUGCCACUUCCAAGCAUCUGGGUACAGGGAGAUAAGAUGGGAAAUGCAAACCGUUAACAUAGUAGGGCCAACAAUACCUAGGAGAAGGCUUUCUAGCAUAUGAUGAUAUAGCUUCAGGAUGAGGGCACUGUUGGACCACAGUGUCUUGUCUAUGCUUCAUCUUUUCUCCUUUGAUGUUUCCUAAACACUGUUGCGAGCACACCAAAAAUGUAGGUCUGGGUAAAAUGUGAUACUGCCUCCCAGUAAACAGUGGUUUGCAAAUUGAGAGCCUGCCAGGGGGUUGGAUAUCUACCCCCCCCAUCUCCCCUUCCUCCAGGCUAGCAUAAAUUUUCUUUCAGUCCCCUUUGCCUGCAUUGAGAAAGAGUUAGGGUUAUGUGUGCCCCACAGUUUGUUGUGGUUAAUGCUACUCUUGGUUCCUAAAUUUGAAUCCAGAACUUGAAGUGGGUUUGUUAGUCCUCUCAAGGAAAGAACUUUGUUAGCCUAACUCUUGCUAUUGUUGUGUGCCUUCUAGUUGUUUCUGACUUAUGGUGACUUUAAGAUGAACCCAUCAUAGGAUUUUCUCUGCAUUGUUUGUUCAGAGAGGUUUGCUGUUGACUUCCUCUGAGACUGAGUGUGACUUGCGUAAGGUACCCCUGUGGGUUUCCAUUACUGAGUGAAAAUUCAAAUUCGGGUCUUUAGAGUCAUAGUCCAAUACUAGAUAUGUCAACAUAAUUGCACUGUACUACAUUUAGUUUGAUUUUUUAAAAAACUCAAGCAAAGAAACAAGGAAAGAAAGUAUAUUCCUACGGCUGGAUCCUGAUUUGCAAACUGAUUUUGGAAAUAGUGUCCAAAUGACAGGCAUGCAUGCAUUGCAAAUAAUCAGAUACAGGCCUAUAGUAACCUGUGGUUCAGAAUAUCUCUCAUACAUCUUCUCUGCCACUGCAUGUAUAUUUGCUUUCAUCCAGAUGUUUCAAUAACAGUUCUUUCACAGCAAUGAUCAAAAACUGUACAACGCAUAAAUGUGGGCAGAAAUAACCAUGCCCUAAAAUAAGUCCAAACUCUGAUUUUGAAUGCAAUAUGAACUGGCCAAGGGGAGGCUGAGCUGACACAAGGCCUGGUGAAGCUGGGUUGAAUCCAAACUCAUCACAGCCUCAGGGUGUUGAAUAUACACCUUGCGCUGGUGUGAUUUUGGCCCAGGGUUAUGGAGGAGGUAUGGAUGUGGUAAAACUGGCUCUUCCUUUGCCAUAUGUCUUUUCCAUUCCAUUGGUUCUUCCACUAGCAGAUCAUUGCUAGCUGAACGUUUCUGUCUCUGCUGAAAGAUUCCUGAAACUUACUGGCAGAAAAAGAUCUGAUAGCUGAUUAGUUUAGCUAGCAGAAGGAGGUAUGCGCUAGCAGAUGAUGCAUGUGCUUCAUCUUACAACAGUGGUUCUCAACCUGUGGGUCUCCAGGGAUUUUGUCCUAUAACUCCCAGAAAUCCCAGCCAGUUUAGGAUUUCUGAGAGUUGAAAGCCAAAACAUCUGGUUACCCACAGGUUGAGAACCACUGUCUUACAACAAAGACAUCUUUGAGUUGCACUGAUUUAAAUGACCUUAACUCUACUUUGAAUUGUGACAACUGAAGGUAAAGAAGAUGUCCAUUUGGCUUUUUCAAAUGGGCACUUUAAGGGCACACUCUCAACAACAAAGUAAUGCCCUAAAUUCAGCGUCAUAACACACACAGAAUGAAUCAUAGAUAUUGAGUGCAAAGUAAAGCAAACAGUCCAAUGUUUCAUAUACCUAGAGGCAAUUCAAUCUCAUUAUAAACAGUCAUGAAGCAGGUUUUGCAUUAGUAGUUGUACAAUUAGGCCUGCAGCAGUAUGUAUUGAUUUAUUUCUAAUAUAUUUACCCAGAAGUACAAAAAUAGCAUUUGGAUAUUAAUCGUGAAUUUUAUUUUGUAUGUGUAAAUCCAGAAUAUUUGUACUAUUUUUGAACAAUCUAAUGUCUUAAUUUUACAGAAACCACAUAUAUAACACAUUAGAAAGCAUCUGUGUGCCAAGAUAUAUUUAAAAUACUGAGUAAGUCAUCUCUGUUUGAACAGAGGAUUUCUGGAUUGCAUCUGUACUAUCAUGACUAGAAUAGGUCUGUUUUUUCUCCAGCAGUAGCCCUGUAUAUGCAACAAUAGUGUGAAGUAAUGACCUCAGUCAAGAUAAUAAGAAAACCUAUUUGAGUUUUUCAAGGAAUCUUGCUGUAAGCCAAACUUUCUACCAGCAUUCACAACUUGACACCCUCCACUUGAUAUGAUGUACAAUACCCAGCACUUGAGCCAAUGAAUCCAAUAGCCAUAAUGGCUGGGGAUGGUGGAAAUGGCAAUGUAAUACUUUUAAAGGGUAUUAGGUUGGGUCUAUCUUCACUCUUUUUAUUCAGACCUUGAAACAUUGGAUCUGAAAGUUAAUUCAUUAGUGAUGAACAUUAGAAAUGCAAAGAUUUGCACUGUACUUGACUUUAUAAUCUCUAAUCCUUUGGAAAGGAGUAUGCAUGUGUGUGUAUGUCUGUAAAUAUUUGUAAAUAUUGUUACCAAUACCUCAGUGUUAAGUAUUUUGCCAUUGGAAGCUGGACUCUCAGACAUCUGCCUGUGGUUUGUGGCUUCAAGUUUCUCUGAAAGUGACUGUUUCAGUUAAAUAUCUUUUUCUUCAGCAAAUGGCAGUAAUGUUGAAAUGGGUGCUGUGAUCAUCAUUAUAAAAAGAAGAAUACAGUUACACU